AAGCGACGGGAGUUUUGCACCGCACUGGUAUAAAUUUUUUUUCAUUUUGGGCAUGUCGUCUAUUGGUGAGUAAUAUCCAGCUUGUCGUUUGUGCCCAUGGCUAGGGUGUUAUGCAUCCCGUGACAUUCGCAUCUUUGGUAACCGAGCGCGAGCUGAAACGCCAUAUUUAGUUCAAGCCGAAGUUGUUCAUGCACGUGGUGUGUUCCUUUUCAGAAACUGGAUCCCGUAGAAGUGUGACUGAUUCUCUUUCAAGGUCCCAUCCUCCAAAAUCUCUCAGUUAUGUCACUCCUGGGGCAGGUUGUACAGCUGUAAUUGUAGCUUUAGUUGAAGGACGAGGUUUGGCCAAAGGUGAAAUUGGGAUGGCAAGCUUUGACCUAAAGAGGCCAGAAGUGAUUCUGUCACAGUUUUCAGAUUCACAGACGUACACACAAGUUAUGAUGAAACUGCAAGUGAUGCAGCCAAUAGAGGUAUUGAUGCCAAGUACUGCUUGUGAAGCUGGAAAUAUGACAGUGUUGUUUAAGAUGAUUUCAAAUAUGAUAAAAACUGCAAAUAUGGUGACCGUUCACAGAAAAUACUUCAAUGAGGCAAAAGGUUUGAGUUACAUCAAAGAGCUGUGUCUGCUCGAAUAUAGAACUGUUGAGUUGGAAGUUUCAACUAAGUAUUAUUGUUUAGCCACUGCAGCUGCACUUAUAAAAUACGUGGAGUAUAUUCAGGAUGCAGUUUAUGCACCUGGUUUUCUUAAAGUAACUUUUCAAGGAUCAGAAAAUACUGCUAUGAUAGAUAUAUCAACAGCCGAAAAUCUGGAAUUAUUGUCCAAUGCCCAUAAUCCAGCUUCAGCUCAAUCACUGUACGGAGUGCUUAACCACACCAAAACUCCAAGUGGAGGUGUCUUCAGCAGAACAAAGUGACCAGAAUGGUAUUGUGGAAGUGGGCGUUGUUGAUGACUGCGCGUGCGUACACGUAAAACACUACUGAUCUGUUCCUCUGAGGAAAGUACACUCGACUACUUCGGUCUAAUAUUUUGCAGCCUUCAUGUGAUACUGAAACAAUUCACCUGAGGCAAGAAUGUGUUAAAGGUCAGUGUACCAUUUUGAUGUGUCAUGGUAUAUCUAAGCGAGAGACAGUACAGUCCCCCUGUUGCGAGAAUCCUCAUCAACAACUCUCUCGCAUUCCCUGAUUGCUUUGUGGUGCCACAAAUGAUAUCUAAGGUUUCAUAAGAGUUCAUUCUGCGACUAUUUUGAUUAUUUGAACGUUCGUGAUUUUUCCGGCUUUUUACAUGUCAUUAGCACACCCAUAUCCCCUCUUCCAUACCCGGUGUGCAACUUUACAGGAAGUGAACGCAUUAUGUGCAGUGGCUCUCUCUGCCUCCUAUUGUACACAGACGUAUUAGAGCCUCUUCAUGCGUGGCAAAGGUCAAGGAUUACGUAAUACUCAUAACCUGACAACACCCAUUUGUUCAAUGGCUCGCUCUCAAGGCAUGUGCGAUCAUGCUUGCAAAAACCCACUCUAGACUUGGUGCUGCGUAUUCUGUAGGUUUCUCUAGUCCCCGGACAACUGCCCUCCUAGUACACCUCCAUUAUACUACAAGUAAAUAAAAAAUCCUGCGGAUUAAAAAAAGAGUGCAUAUAAGGAUCGUAUAAAAAG